CUGAUACGUAGGCAUCACAAGGGACGAAACUGACAGCUCACCUGCACAAUGUCAGUCAGCGUCCCCAUCCCAUAUAUCUCUUUCGACACGCGCCGAGCCGGUCCGCCCCACCAUACGAACCACCACCCAUGCAUCCACCAGCUAAGUAAGUGCUGUCUGUCGGUUGGUCAGCAUCGUUCGAAGAUCUUGUACAGACGCUCCAAACUCGUCAGCAACACGAUGGUGCGAUCGCUCUCGUAACUGAAACACAAAGUAACCAAUCACACCUCAGAUCAAUCACAUCCACUCACUUCUCUCAGGUCGUGCCUUGCCCACCCACUCACUCACUCAAUGAUGUGCGCCCUUACCUGUCGGGCACUUUGAAUGUGUGGUUGAACCGCAGUGCUUUGUACCACACGUCCUCCAUCAGCCGACGGGUGCUCUCACACACCGCAUGGCGGGUCCGCCUCUCACCGCCGCCGCCACCGUCCUUGCUGCUGCUCGACCCUCCCCCUCCCCCACUUGAAGCCGCAGCAGCCGCAGCAGCGGCAGCAGCUGGGGCACUCGCGCUGGCACUAGCACUCGCUGGGCCGGGGCCGUUGUCGUCAUGGGUGUGGUGGUUGCUGUCUUGCGGCGGGAGUGGGACGAAGAAGUAGGUGAGCAGUCGGCAGAUGUCGGUCAGGCGGUCCUCCUCGCAAUCCCAACGCACCUGCACGACAUGACAACCAGAUAGACAGACAGACGGAGGGCUGAGAGAGAGAGUGUGUGUGUGUCGGUGAGUGUCAUGAUGUUGGCUGCUGCCCACCUGUACAGCCAGGCGGAGUACCCACAGAGGGAGGCCGUCGAAACCGGGGAAAUACCUGGCGGCACAGAAAGAACCACCGUCACAUCAGACGCCGGCGCUUGUGUGUGGCUGGUCACUUACUGUCUGAGGCACUGUGGGAACUGGCGCAGGUGACCAUCCUGACACCAUACGCACACACACGGGCACAUGACACCGUGGUGUGAUAUUCAUUGUCUGUCUGUCUGUCUGUCCGUGCCCAAAGUACCCGUAUGUCGAUGGCGAAGUAGUCCCGCAGCCACCGAGAGUGACGCUCGAGCCGCGACGCACAUUCAACCUUCUUCGCACUUAACCACAGACCACACCACAGACACACCACAGACACAUGAUCUAAUGGACAAGAUGUGUGUGUGUGUGUGUACUUGAUUCGUUCCUCAUCCUGCUGCUGUGCGGCGUCUUGCCCGUUGUCCUGUGCUGCCUUCUUGAUCCCAGCCAUAGGGUCGUGCAGGCCGAAGUGCAGGAGGUCACUGACUGGCAGGGGCGGGUCGAUCUUGACAGCCGGGAAGCGGCCGAUGCGAUGCAAUAUGGACUGAUACACACACUCUGCACAUUACAUACACAUACCCACACAGACACAGACCAGCACGAGAGUUGUCUCCAGGCCAUGCCUCAGAUAUCUGUCCAUCCCCAGCCCCACCAAUGAUCGGUGUAGUGUGGUGUACCUCUGGUGAGUACGAGGAGGUUGACGAGGUACAGGCAGCUACGGUACUGCAGCAGCGCCAUCUGCCGGUUGACGCUCCCCACCCACACCGAUUGCGUCACCACCUCACUCAGCCGACGGCCCUCCGACCCACUGCACGCCGCCUCUACCGCUCCCACGAGCUUCGACAGCCCCGGAGGAGCGGGGGGCGGUGGGGCCGGAGGAGUGGUGCUGCUACACACAUGCUCUGACAACUGAAUGAACACCAGAAGCACAGCACACACACGAAGGGAAGGAGACGGCGUGUCUGUCUGGCUGCGUACGUGUCGCCUCUCUCUGCAUUGUCUCUUUGAGUUCAGUCACCUCACCGGUCUCAUCCUGAGUUCAGCGGGUCUCGGCAGCGGCUGCCCCACUCCGAUGCCCCCGCCCUCCCUCAUGGCCACAAACGCCCUCAGUGACGACUGCUUGGGGUCGGUGCGCACCCUGGCCGCCUUGGGACCGGACUUCUUCUUGCGCUGUGGCUGCUGCUUGGCCUGCUGCUGGGGCUCCUCGUUGUCGGCCUCCUCGCCGUUGUUGUCGCCAUCGUCUUCGGCGAGGAAGUCGAUGGGCGGCGACCGCUCCCGCUUCCGUUGGGGGGGCCGCGGCAGCAGGGUGGUUUGGCGGAGGUCGAAAGUGCGCGACUUGGGGUAUGACUCGAGGGACGACUGACACACACACACACACACACACAGAGAGAGAGAGAGAGAGAGAAUGGCAAUGGUCGAUGUGUGUGUGUCUGUGUGUGUUGGAUGCAGGUAAGGUACCUGUAGGGUUUUGAUGACGUGUGAGAUGAUGUCGUCUUGGUAGAGGAACUUGACCUCCCGCUUGGUGGGGUGCACGUUGACGUCCAGCGUCGUGGCCGGCAGCUCCAGCGACAGAUACACCCACGGCUUGGACCCGCGCGGCAGCAGAGGCUCAUACAGGUUGUUGAUAGACUGCCUGCACAGGCACACACAGACAUAUAUACGAUGAAGGGGGACAAGCAGUAAGGUCUGGUCUGCUGGCCUAUGUCUGACUCUCUCACUUGAGUGGCUGGCAGUCGACGGAUCGGUUGUUGAUGAAGAGGAAGAAGCCGCCCUUCUUGGGCGCAUAGUUGGCGUGGUUGGCCAGCCCUCUCCCCUUCACAGCACACCGGCCCCCACCACCACCACCACCACCACCAUUGCCACUACCACCGCCACUACUGCCGCCCCGCCCUCCACCCUGUUGCUGCUGCUGCUGGGAGCUGUCGAAGGUCACGUCCAUGAGCUCUCUCGCCAGGCUGGUGCCCAUGAGCAUCGACACCACGUCGCGAGGGCCCGUGUUGUCCCCGCCAGCCGUGCUCAGGUCGGCCGCAUUGCCGCCAUGCUUCUUGACGGUGAAGGCCACACACGAGUGGUGGAUGGCGAACUUCUGCACCACGUCCAGGAUGAAUUUGGUCUCCUCGCCGGGCGAUGACAGCGCCUGCCUGCGGGCCGGCAUGUUGUAGAAGAGGUCUUCGUAUGCGAUGGUCGUGCCCUGGGUGCCCGCACAGGCGCGGGGCGGCUUGUUGUCCGCCAGCUUGCCGUCGACGUAGGAGGCCGUGUAAGCACAGGGGGAUGUCGCCACCUUGCUCGUGAUGGUCACGUGCGCCACGUGGCUCAGCGACGCGAGCGCCUCGCCGCGGAAGCCGAAGGUCGCCACCGUGCGCAAGUCACCGAUUGCCGAGAUCUUGGAGGUGGUGAACCGCUCGCAAACAAUGGGCAGGUCGUCAGGUUGAAUGCCGCUGCCGUCGUCGGUGAUCUGAGCGCCCUUGAUGCCGCCCUGCUUGAGGUAGAUCUGGAUGGAGGUGCUCUUGGCGUCGAGGCUGUUCUCGAUGAGCUCCUUGAGGGCUGCGGCGGGACGCACCACCACCUCGCCGGCAGCUAUGCGGUUGACGACGCACUCGGGCAGCCGAUGAAUGCUCGCGGCGCCGCCCGAUGAAGCGGCGGAAGAUGACGCUGCUGCCGCUGCUGCUGCCGCCAUAGCAGAGGAAUGCAAUGGAAUCCUCUCCUCAAUCAACCAAGGAGAAAAAGCAGCGGUCUCAGAGGUGCGAGCUCAAAGUGGACAUCCUCGCGGAGGAUGAUCCUCCCGCACGCAGAUACGUGCUCUGUGCGCAGCCGGCAAUCGCAUUCGUUGACUGACC